ACCACCCACACCGCCGACCAGGGUCUCGCUUCUUGAGAGUCUUGACUGCCACUGAGUUCCUUUGCUAUGCUUGCUUGACUCUCCCGUUGCUCCCCAAAAUCCACCAAACGUCCCGACACCCUCUUCCUCAACUUCGAGACGCAAGACGCAACAUCUCUCCUCCAACCGACUCAUCUUCAGACCAGCCUAUCCUGUCUCGUUUCCGUCUGUUGCCCUCCAGCGCCCGUGUUUCCGAACAUCUUUGCUGCUCCCAAAACACGCUCCAACACCGCUUCUUUGAUAGCAACCAAGAUCCCGGGACUCGUGCGACUCUGCACCCACCGCUCCGCCUCCCGAAAAGAAAGGAUCUCCAGACAACGCUUGGUCACACGCUUCAUUUUCACCCUUCGCGCUCGCUCUCUCUCGACGCUCACGCCUACAACUGCACCUGCACCUGCGCCUGCACCUAUUAUUACCACUUCGCCUGCCCACCGCAACAGGGGGGGAUCCCCAACUGUCCAAGACCCCGUCACUUUGCAAUCCUCGUGGUCUAGUUUCCGAUCUGAACCUGGAAACAAGGCACGAUAUCCUGCGUCCCACUAGCCUUGGACCUACAGGGACAACGGCAGUUCACGUCACUGCCGUCUUUUCUAGAAACAGUCAAGAACCGCCCCGUCCCCCCAUUGCUCCGUGACCACACCUCGAGUCUUCCGUCACUUCCGCUUCUGGACCGCUCACCGCGUCGCCCACGAAUUCCACCUUGAUGCGGCCUCAAAUGUGCCUGGAAUUACGAACGACUCGCCUUCAGUAGAACACGACGAGAGAUUGGGCGCCUCGCCGAGAGGCCUAAAGGAACCCUAGCCGAAAUGGCCUUCCCACGGGAGUCGAGCUUCAUGCCGGCCAUCAAAUGCUCGUCAUGUGGCCUGCAAGUCGAAAUCUCCAUGAUGGGCGAGCAUAUCUGCAGCGGCCCGGGUGCAGAGCCAUCACCACCCCCGCCUCGCUCAGACAGCAUAGGUUCAUACGGCCAACCGCCCCCUCUUGACAACAAGCACGGCCGAAUGGCACCUCCUACGCUGGAUACCAGUGCCGCAAACCUGCCAUAUUCGCGGCAAGACCAGCUCACCCCUAUAAGCACCUCGACGGGAUCAAUCAGCAUCUCACCCAAAACUCCCAACAGUCAGGCCCAUGGCCGCUCGGAUGACUACUUCCAACCUCAAAUAGCAAACGACUACAACUCGAACCAGCAAUCUCGACGCCCUGGGGGCUAUGGGGGAUUCGACGAUGGGGACGACUUCGGGUCGGAUCAGAUGUACCCGAACGAGCAGAGGAAACAAGCACCGAGCCUCCUUCAACGUAUGAACACCAUCGCCCCCGGACCUUUCGAGAUGGGCAAGCGACCCGGGGCGCGCGCGGCUGCAAAGAACGCAUUCGCCCCGACUAGGCAGGACUCGUUGACGCCCGAAGACAACAUGGCUGGCGACCGACCACUAACCUCAGCAUCGAACAACUCUUCCAUAUCUUCUGGGAGCAGCAACGCCGGCGGUAUCGCGCCUCCAAGACUGCCGAGGAAGAACGGCUAUGGAGGAUUCGGGCCGCCGGGAACGACGCCGGAUGAAAUAGAGCCCGAGGCCUUCGUCACCCGAGCGGGGACCUUCCCGCGCCGAAACGAGUCUGCUGAGCCACAUGUGCGGACGCCCUCAGCGCCCGGCACACGCUCGGACAGGUUGAGGGGGUCCCCGGGACCCGGCGAACACGAGAGGAAGCCGUCGAUGGGACCAGAUACCUCGAGGCCGCCGCCCCCGAGGAAGAGCUUGCUGCGUCCGACGACAGCUGGGAGGGACGGAGCGCCGCCAGUCGAUUUGGCCAACGAGUUUGGUGCUGCGAACCCGUACCACACGCCGUCGGCCUCGACGUCGUCUGGUGCCUCCUUGUUCAGUCAUGGCCGCCAGGCCAGCUCCCAGAGCAGCUCCCAAUCAAGCCCUGCGAACCCGCGCUCACGACGGAACCCCUCCGACGUGAACAACCUGGACAACUUGAUGAACGAUAUCGAGUCGUCGAUGGCCGCCAUGCACUCCCCCAAAGAUGAGAUGCCGCCGCCCCCUCCCCCGAAACCCGCGGCGCAGCCGCAACCCAGUCGGCGUGCGCCGCCUUCGGUGGAUCUUCGAAACGAUCCCGCGAUCCAGAGCAGUCGACCGCGGGCGAGGUCACCACUAGCGACGCCAGACUACGAUCCCCGCAACCCGAUGGAUCGCUACAACCAACAUGAGCGUCAGCCCAGUGAUGUGCGUAGUGUUUCAUCACCGCCCCGCAACCGCCCCUCGCGAGGAAACUGCAAGUCUUGCGGCGAAGCCAUCAAGGGUAAGAGCAUCUCUUCGGCCGAUGGCCGUCUGACCGGACGCUACCACAAGACCUGCUUCGUCUGCACGACCUGCCGCGAGCCCUUUUCAUCGGCCGAAUUUUACGUCCACAACGACAGGCCCUACUGCGAGCUUCACUACCACAAGCUCAAUGGCAGUCUGUGCGGUACGUGCGGACGCGGCAUCGAGGGCCAGUACUUGGAGGACGAGGAGCGCGUCAAGUACCACGUCGGUUGCUUCCGAUGCGGCGACUGCGGCAUGUCCUUGUCAAACGGGUACUUUGAGGUCAAGGGCAAGGCGUACUGCGAACGGGACGCCUGGCGCCGCAUGCAACCCGCCCCGCGGAUGGGCAACGGCGAGCAGCGAGGACGUUCGCCGGGUGGUCUCGCUCCCGGCGGCCCCGGGCAGGGUGGUCGCCGCCCGAGCAACGGCCAGUCCGGCAUGAGGCCGCCCAUGGGCCUCCCGCGUGGGCAGAGGAUGGCUCCCGGUGCCGGACUCGCUCCGCCGAUGCCUCGCAUGAACAAGCGCAUGACGAGACUCGGCAUGAUGUAAGCCACUGGGGCCCAUCGGAGCCUCUGAAGGCUGACGAACUCCACACAUUCUCUUCGUCGUAUAUGAAUGGCUACUUACAUUGCAUCUUAAUACCCUACGACACAUUUCACGACCACGACAUACCUGCACCAUCAUCUCGCCACAUACAUCCCUUUUCUUUUCUGUUGUCUAGAGUUUUAUAUACCCAGUCCUGAAUGGACUCUGUUGAUACCUGCAUAAGACGAUGCUUAAGGCUCGUCCUUGUUUUGAGCGUUGGUUGGAGGAAGGUUCCGACCGAGACGGUAUGGGCAUACUUGCAUUGGACUUGAUUCCAUGCAUGACAUGGCCAAGGGGGGGGCUUUGCAGGCAACAGGGUGCACAUGGGUGCUUUAGAAGUCGAUGCCAUCGACGGCGGAUUGUCGGGCCAUGAGACGGCAGUCCAUAGCAUAAGCCAAACAAGAAGAAAUACUUUGACGAAGUUCCCUUGUCUCCCAAGUGCGGAUGUAGUGAAACGUUGGCUCGCCGACUGCGAUAAUUCCACAGUGCCAUGCUCAACGCACGAGUUGGUUCAACGGUCUCGUCGUGAGGCUAAUGACUGUUACUCGAUGAGCGUGAAUGUCUCGGGUACUGGCUACGCUGGACGGCUCUCGGGUGAGUUCUCCCCCUACAUAGACGGUCGGAACGGGAAGAUGCACGACGACGUCGUACGGCCGAGCUGGAGACGCAAGGCGGUUUGCCGACCGGAGGACGGAGGAAGCUCGCAUGCGGGGAAUGGUGAGCGGACCGGUCACAGUGGAGGAUUUUGUCCGGGCGCGCGGCGACG